AUGGUCACCGCCGCACCUAGUGCUAAGAAAGGCACUCACAGUAUUCGAGGAGCGACGGUACCCGCACCGAUACUUCUAUCUCCGAUUUCCGUCGCUCACCGGAGUCAGAUGAUGGAGAGUGAAACAGGAAAACCAUCGACUAGAAAUGCGAUUCGAGAUCAGUGGGUGGCCAAUUUACAGAAGAAACGCAUGGCCGCUGCAGCAGGUACCGGAGCUCCAAUUGGAAAUGGCAAUCCAUUGCCUCCAGGCUCAACUACCUCGUCGAAUAGCAGGUCGAACAGCAACAGCAGGAGCAGCUCAGCCAAGAAGAGCAGUCGUAGUCGCAGCGCCGCUGCAAGAGCAGCCAAGAACAGAACAGCGCAACUCAACGCCGCAGCACUCGAGAAAAGCCUCAAUUCCCAUCAAUGCAAUAUGUACCAGCACAACCAAUUCGCAGCCAUGUCUUCCGACUUGAUCGUCGAUAGUCAGAUUGCCAUGACUGAGACAGACGCACAAACAUUUGGUCAGCCUUCUAUGCUGUUUAGUGGGUUAGACUGCUUCGAGCUCGAGUCACCAUCAUUCUCGCGACUUAUUUCGUCAUCUCUCGAUGGAGAUUUCCCAUUAGCGUCACCAGAUCCAACCGUCACGACCAAAAAGACUAAAAGCAGACCAAAAAGAGGGACCAAAUCGUCCAAGAAGCGACCAACGCACUGCCUGGCGCUUGAAGUAGACCAGCCAAAGCCCCGUACACCACGUCGCAAGCUGAACUGCGGCUCGGCUACAUUCGACGACUUUGAUCUCGACUACAGCGUCAGUUCGGGCUUCCCUGGGGUCGGAACGCCAUCCAAUUUCCGUGUGGAUGCUUCAACGAGGCAUUUGUGGGGUCAGGAACUCGACUUGACCGGUGCAGGAGGAUACGCGGAUACUUUCCUGGAUUUACCGACGCCGCGUCUAGCUGAAAUGCCUCUCAUGACAAGUUCUCAGCAGUCGAACGCCAGCACCGCUAGUAACAGUAGUAAACAGUCAAACGAGGAGCACGAUAACCAGGAGGAACUGGAUCACCCUCGACUGAUUCGAACCAAUAGUAUCGAGCAGGAAGGCUUGAGUUACUUCCUAGAGCAGACCAACUUGGACGGUAACGACGGUGGCCAUGGCGAGCAGCUCUACCAGCUUGCAGCGAACCCUCUUGUUAACGCAAGGAAGUCGCCGUUCUCGGGUGGCUCCUUCUUCUCCAGCAGCGCAACGCCACGCACUGCGGCGGCUGCAGCAGUUGUGGACGAGUGUUUUGGCGGAAAGGGCUUCUCCUCGACAUGGCCAAUGCCAUCCCCGCUAGGCUCUCAGUCUAGGCCUAGUGCUCGGCGUCGCAUGACUCCUCGAGACCCCAAGCACCCGGAGUUUGAAACGUUGACGGACGAGUACAAGCUCACCGACAUCGAUCACGAGCUCGACAGUUUUUACCUCGACACUAUGGAGGCGAUCGGCAAUGACCUCGAUCUCAUGUCUAACUGACGUCCAGGUCUGACCAUGCUAGCUGAAGUCCGUCGUAAAAUAGAGCCGUACAAAAUACGCAUAACGUUAUGAUAAUAGAGCGCCACAAAACGCAUUAAGGCAACAAGGACUCAGCAUUAAAUCGG